UCCCUGGAGGCCGGGCCUCCCAGGACUGGCCCAGGAGCUUCCUGCCUGAGAGAUGUCUCAGGGCUCCUGGGAGACCCCCUGAUGUGGGCAGCCGGGCCGCAGUCCAGCCUCCCGCUGGCCAUGCCCACCGGGCUGCAGGUGGACCGCGUGGGGAACAGCUCCCAGGGCACCUCCCAGCUCUUCCUCACCACGGCGCUGGCCCGCGGCAUCUCGGGCGUCUUCGUGUGGACCGCCCUGGUGCUCACCGGCCACCAGAUCUACCUGCACCUGCGCUCCUGCACCGUCCCCGACGAGCAGCACUACAUCAUCCGCCUGCUUUUCAGUCCCAUCUACGCCUUUGACUCCUGGCUCAGCCUUCUCCUCCUGGGGGGCCACCAGCACUACGUCUACUUUGACUCCGUGCAGGAUUGCUACGAAGCCUUUGUCAUUUACAGCUUCCUGAGCCUCUGUUUCCAGUACCUGGGGGGUGAGAGUGCCAUCAUGGCUGAGAUUUGGGGAAAACCCAUCCGAUCCAGCUGCUUCUAUGGCACCUGCUGCCUUCUAGGCAUGUCCUACUCCAUUGGGUUUCUGCGCUUCUGUAAGCAGGCCACACUGCAGUUCUGCAUUGUGAAGCCCAUCAUGGCCUUGGUCACCAUCAUCCUGCAGGCGUUCGGCAAAUACCACGACGGGGACUUCAACAUCCACAGCGGUUACCUCUACGUCACCCUCAUCUACAACGCCUCCGUGAGCCUGGCCCUCUACGCCUUGUUCCUUUUCUACUUCGCCACCAGGGAGCUCCUGCGGCCCUUUGAGCCUGUCCUCAAGUUCCUCACCAUCAAGGCUGUCAUCUUCCUCUCUUUCUGGCAGGGGAUGCUGCUGGCCAUCCUGGAGGGGUGUGGGGCCAUCCCUGAGGCCCAGGUCACCGAUGAGCGGCGUGCGGCCGGCACGGUGGCCGCCGGCUGCCAGAACCUCAUCACCUGCAUCGAGCUGCUCUGCUCCAUCGCUCUGCGCUGCGCCCUCACCUGCCAGGUGUGCUCAGAGGAGAAGGGGCCGUCACCAGCCCCCACGGCGCCCAUGCAGAGCAUCUCCAGCGGCCUCAAGGAGACCGUGAGCCCGCAGGACAUCGUGCAGGACGCCAUCCACAAUUUCUCGCCCGCCUACCAGCAGUAUACGCAGCAGGCCACACACGAGGCCCCGGGACCCGGCCAGGGCAGGGACCCCUUGCCCAGCACCCACCCUGGCAUAGAUGGUGGCUCCAGCAGGGGCAGGAAGGGCCGCAACAUGGAGAAGAGGAUGCUGAUCCCCGCGGAGGAGCUGUAGGGGCCCCGGGGUCAGCAGUGGCCUGGUGGGGUCAGUGGUCCAGGCCGCUGGGAAAGGACAGGGCCCCUCACCCACCGACCGUCUUGCCAAAGGUCAGGCCUCUCCUAGGAGCCUCCUGCUAGGCCCGUGGAGCCCACUGCCCAUCCCACCUCUGGCCAGUGGAGCAGGUCACUUGGUAGCCCUGCCAGGCGCCCCGGGGCCACACCAUCGCCUGGUGGGCCCUCGGCCUCAGAAGAGGGCACCUGAGCCUAUCUGACAAGCCCAGGGACCUGCCGGGCUCACCUGGCCAUCGGCUCGGGUGGCCUCCCUGGAUGGACAGCUCGCGGGCAGGGCUGGGCAGCCCAGAGCUGCGGGCCUUACAGGCAGGAGGGCUCCACACUGAGUGCAGGAGGCGGGGUGGCCCCGCGGAGGAAGGGCCGGUGUGGCUGCUGGGAGUCUGGGAGGCGCUGGGGCCAGCGGUGGAGGGCUCCGGCUUCCUGGUGAACUGUACUUAUUUAUGCAUAAACAGCCUGGGUUUUC